AUGUUGACUACUUGUCCUGUCCAGAUCCUCCCUUCUACCUCCCCUGCCUCCCCGGUCCCUAAGAGAACAAUCGCUGUCUCUCCCUUGGUCCGGUCAACCCCGUCCCUGGAAGAGGAGGGAAACUGCGAUAUGCCUCUUACAUCUGAUCAAUCAACACAGCAACAGUCUCGGCACACCCCUCAUGUCCUCCAUCAUGUCACGUCCCGUCUUGUUGUUGCUGCCCAAUUCUCUCAGGAUCCUCUUGACGACGAGAACGCUGAUGUCUCGAGCCUUGGAGACGAUUCGGAGGCGGAUCGGUCUACUUUGGCGGAUGAAUCUCCUCGUAGUGCACUUGCCCCCGUGAGACAGGGGUCUUCGGGGUCUUCGUAUUCUAUGAUGUUGCAUCCCUUCCAAAUGGAAAACUCUCCGUCGACUUUCUAUCAGCAAAACACUCAGUCGCACGUUUCCUCUCACCAAGGUUCACAUCACCACUUGACGAGGACCAACACCGAUACCACAGAUGUCCUGCUCUCGAUGCCUGCCUCGAUCGAGGCUUCAAGACACAACUCGGACGAUGAGGAUGAUAGUCACUCGCCUUACCCUCGUCAUCAUCGUCAUGGGCAUGGUCAUCACCACAGCCACCUCCACCCACAUGCUCCUCAUCAUUAUCUGGACCAACAACAGCAUCACCACACCUCGUCGAUUCAGGACUGGACUCAGCGUCGUCAGUCUUCGAUCUCCAAUUCCGCUCAGCAGAAUUUCUACCUCCAGGUACCACCCAAGCAACAGCCAAAGGCGGAGGAGAAAGUCGAAGUCAAGCAGGAGUCCGCCAUCGAGGCCCCAUUGGUUCGGGAGAUCACUUCUGCAUUAGAGGCAACACAAUUGUGCAACGAGCCCGAUCAUGAACAGGAACAGGAACAGGAUGACCUGCGCGAUGACGCCACAUCGGUCGCCGUCUCGUCCGUCGAGGAGUCCGUCGCCACCGACACCGUCGCCCGCCCCAUGCCCAUCCCCAAAUCCAAGGUCCCUCACACCUACCUCCCCGCCUCGCCCGUCUCCCCUAAGAAGUCUUCUUCCUUCUUCUCCAAGCGUCGCGAUUCAAAGCUCUACCGCAAGAAGUCUGCCCGUGAAACCUCCCAUGGCAUCUUCCAUGACCUCAAGCGGUUCUUGAAGGUCCACUCCAAUUCUCCCCUCCUCUCGCCUUCUUCCCCACCUGCUAGUCCUGCUGAUGCGUCGUCGCCCCCCAAGAUGAAGAAGUCUUCGUCGAGCAGCAGCCUCCACAGCGAGUCAAAGCACCAUCACCAGGGCCCCCACGGCAACGCGAUCGAGACCAACCUCCGCAAGAAGUACGGCAAGAUGGGCAGAGUCAUUGGCUCUGGCGCUGGAGGCACCGUCCGUCUCAUCACCCGCGAAUCCGACCACAAGACUUUUGCGAUCAAACAGUUCCGGAAACGCAAGGCCACCGAGUCUGAACGCACCUACGUCAAGAAGAUCACCUCCGAAUACUGUCUUGGCUCGACCCUCCACCACCCCAACAUCAUCGAGACCCUCGACAUCAUUCAGGAGGGUGACAGCUUUUACGAGAUCAUGGAGUUUGCGAAGCACGAGUUGUUCUCGUCGGUCAUGUCGGGCGCCAUGGUGCGGGACGAGAUCGCUUGCUGCUUCAGGGGUAUUGUUGACGGUGUUGCCUAUCUGCAUGAGAUGGGUGUGGCACAUAGGGAUUUGAAGUUGGAUAACUGUGUCAUGAAUGAGCGUGGCAUUGUCAAGAUUAUUGAUUUUGGAUGCUCCAUGGUCUACCAGUUGCCCUUUGAGAAGCAGAUCCAAAUGGCCAAAGGCGUAUCUGGCUCAGACCCAUACAUCGCCCCAGAAGUCUUCACAACCGAAGAACACGACCCCCGCCUGGCCGACGUCUGGUCGCUCGGCAUCAUCUUUGUCUGCAUGACCCUCUGCCGGUUCCCCUGGAAACUCGCCAAGACCGGCCCCGACGCCGACCCCUCCUUCGAAGCCUACGCCAACGGCUCGGGGGCCGGAAAGGCCCGUCUCCUCAAACUCAUGCCCCGCGAAUCCCGUCCCAUUCUCGGUCGCAUGCUCGAAGUCGACCCUGCUAAACGUGUCCUGAUGAAGGAGGUGCUCGAGGACGAGUGGGUCAAAGGGAUUGAGGUGUGUACUUUGCAGUCAAUGUGCUUGUAUCACCCUCAUCAUCUGGGCGAGGACCCAAACUGCAUCUCGAACCCCAACCCCAAGCCCCGGUUCCAUCAGCAGUCGGCCUAUGUCAAGGAUGAAGAUGUGAGAGGUGUGGAAGUCGAGUCGUCGGAGGAUGAAGAGGCUAUUAGUGUGACGACGGCUUCUUUUACCAGUAUCCAGAUGGCUGUUGCUCCCGUCCACUAA